UUUUCGUGUUUGUCAAAUACACUGACGGCCAUCAACUAUGGUCGAUUAGCCAAAUCCAGUCAUUACUACUUGGCAGUUUUCGUAUAUAAAUCUUUAUUAAACCCUUUUUAUUCAAUUCUUUUCCGUUUACGCAAAAAGCAAUUAAUACAGUUCGAUAUGGAGAGCUUAUUCAGUAUGUGGAAAGUGCGCGAAAUCGCUGAUAAAGUGACAAAUGUUGUAAUGAAUUACACAGAAAUCGAGGCGAAAGUGCGAGAAGCCACCAACGAUGAGGCGUGGGGCCCCACCGGGGCGCUUAUGCAGGAACUCGCUCAUGCAACAUUCACCUACGAACACUUCCCAGAAGUUUUGUCUAUGCUCUGGAAACGUAUGUUGCAGGACAGCAAACAGCACUGGCGGCGAACGUACAAGUCCUUGCUAGUGUUGAACUAUUUAAUAAAAAAUGGGUCCGAGAGAGUGGUCACAUCUGCAAGGGAGCACAUCUACGAUCUGCGAUCACUGGAAAACUAUACAUUUAUUGAUGAGAAUGGAAAGGACCAGGGUGUUAACAUCAGGCACAAAGUCAAGGAACUGAUAGACUUUGUGCAAGACGACGACAGGCUGCGUGAGGAGAGGAAAAAGGCCAAGAAAAACAAAGACAAAUACAUUGGAAUGAGCUCAGAUAUGAUGGGAAUGAAAUUUGGUUCCGGUGCUGAAAAGUGGGAUGAGAAACCUUACACUAAAAACGAUUUCGGUGACAAUAAUUGGGAUGACCACUCCAACGGAAGAUACCGCGAUAAGUCUUAUGAUGAAGAUAUUGAUAGGGAAGCCAUUGAUAGUGACGAUGACCGAUCGUCCAGAGGCGGAACCAGUAGUGCGAAUAGAUAUAAAGAUGAAGGAGGACCGGGCAGUCCUCCCGCUUCCACACCUACAUAUCCCGAAAAGAAGGUGAACUUAGUUCUUAACUCAACCAUCACAGCAUCACCGAAAAAGACUCAGAAAACUCUAAAAAAGGUUGACUUGGGAGCGGCCGCUAACUUUGGCAGAGACGCCACGCAAAGCCCCCUGCCUAGGCCUCCAAGUGGGGGAGCUUCCGAUUUAUUUGACGACUUCGACCCCAGAGCUUCUGAAAAAAUCGUUCGAGCAACUGACAAUGAGUUUGGUGACUUUGAGGUAGUUUUUAAUAACCCUCCGCCCGUUCAAACCUCUUCAGUUGCCGCUAGCAAACCUGAGGACGAUUUUGCAGACUUCAGUUCAGCGUUUUCCACUUCCAGCAGUACUGCUCCCUCCAGUUUGCUCACAUCGCCUACAACUCCAACUGUUUUACCAAACAUUAUUUCUCCUACUAUGGGGGUUUCCAACUCAUUGCUGUCCAUGGGCCCAAAUCUUCUCGGGGGGCUAGAUCAACCUACCUUAGGAGGCCAAACUAGUCUUCUGGGGCCUACACCUGCUCAACCCGCCCCUGUGGUAGCACCAAAGGACGAUUUACUAGGAGAUUUUAGCAGCAUGAGCAUACAGCCGCAAAUAGUUAGCAACAAUUUGAACAACAAUUUCAAUGAUGGCUUCCUGGGCGGGCCUGCGUUGUUGGACAAUUUUAAUGAUGGUAAAUCCAGUCAGCCACGCCUGUUAAGGCACAAAAAGACAAGAUUGCAAAAGGACCUAGAACAAGUGACUAUUCCAGUAAUAGACCAUCUGAUAAAAGUGAAGAAAAUUGCGUCGCAAUCUGAUAUAGACCUCAUUAUGGAACAGCUAAAUAGCGUUCUGAAUCAUUAUCCCGCAACAGUAAAUAUAUAUAAACUGCAAGGCCUGGAUGAUAUUUCUUAUGAUGAGUAUGUAGAUAAAUGGUUUGCUGUGCUCCUAGAAGAGCUGGUGAGAUUGUUUGACCACAGCUUUCCUUUCAAAGAUGGGAAAAUCUACCAAGUUGUAGGCAAGCUGUUCAGUAUUCCGGAUAGUAGUUUUUUUGAGGCCAGUCUAGAGGUGCUGGUUAAAAGCCUAAAGGGCAAAACAUCGGCGAAAAGCGCCGUGGGCUGCCUGCAAGUUUUACUGCAGGCCGAAGGCCUCUUUGCAUGCAUUGUUUCCUCUAGCUUUAGUCCGAAAGAUCACUGGGAACACAUUGUUAAGCUUAUAGUGUCUUUACCCGCUAGAGUGGCCAAUUGCUUGGAGCGAGAAACACCCGAUUUUUUCUCAAAUCAACAGUUUGCAAACUUGCUACUGUACAAUUUCCUCAAAAGUUUUGAGUUUGCUGCCCUGAUAGUUCACGCAGAGUCAAAGCUACAAAACCGAGUAAUAUUCACGAAUGUAGCUCAUCUUUUAAGUCAGAUAAUCGUCAACUUUAAUGAGCGAAACAAUUGCAAUGGACUCGACCAAUUCGUCUUCAUUCUCGGGUUGAUUACGAGCACAAAGUCCGAGAAAACUGGGUGUUAUCAAAGCCUGCUUUACGGCAUUUUGAACUGUCUUUAUAGGCCAGCAGUGGAAAUUCUGGCUAAAACUUGCCUAACGAAACUGGACCCCAAAGCGGUUUCAAUGAAAAGUCUACUAGGCAAAGAACUAUUGAAAAAUCCAGACUGGAAAUACGUGCUGUGCACCAAGCUGCCGUUGCUCAGUUUUAUCGAGAAGGAUCAUGAGAACUUUGUGACUAAUUUGGUGUCCUAUUUAGGAAGUGUUUCCCAUAGCGAACUGGUUCGACUGUUUUCCAACUUGGUGGUGAUUUGGUCGAGUAAAUCCUCCUUGAACCGCACAAGUGUUGAACAUCAUGUGCUAAUAUCAAAGUUCAUAGUAUGUAUAGUGAAUUGCCUAAAGCAAAUCGGUCUGAGCGAAUUUGAGAGAAAUACAAUCAAAGAGAGCGUUUAUCGUGGCUUGCCAAUCCAUCUGGAAAGCACUGUGGAUGCAAUCAGCAACUCUGGCAAGAAAACCGGUGAAAUAGUUGUGAACUUUUUGAAUGAAGAAACCGACUUGGCCAAUCCGUUGAAGUUUGAGUAUGAUAGAUUGAGCAAAGAAACACUAGAAUUCAUCAAGCAGCUUGAAUACUUUCAGAGUUUGGACUUUGAAGAAGUUUAUCGAGCAAAAAAUAGCAGCUUUGAUGUAGACGCAGAGCUGCUGAAGUUGAGCAAAAGUGAAUCUCCUAUUGAAUAUGUGCCUCCUCACCGAGUGUUUCGAAGCCACCCGGAAAAAAUACAGUCCAAUGAAAUUGUUAUUUCGCAUUAUGUGAAGCCGACAGAACGCACCAUUAACAUCAUCGACAAUAAUUUGGAAUUGGACUCAGACGACGAAUUCGAGCCUUACGAUUUAAGCAAUGAUGAUACAGGGUCUGAAAAACCUCCACCGGCCUACUUGCGGGACGUCAUAGAAAAUUUGCUGGAAACCGAUGAUCCAGUUGUGUUCGACAUAACUCUUCAGCAUUGCGAAUCGCUGGUCAAACAGCAACUGCCUGAUGAUGAUGCUAGUAUUGGGCUCGAAUUGCUGCAAAUACUCAUCACACUCGACUGCAAAUUCUAUAUGGAAAACUUCAAUAUGCUGGUGUUUCAGAGCUGCGUGGCCAUCACUUGCGUGUAUCCUGCAGCUUAUGCGGAGUAUCUGUGCAAGGAAGUGCAUGCUGAGAUUGGGAAAUACUCUGUAGUGCACCGCAUAUUGAUGUUGGAUAUUCUGCGACAAGCCAGCAAGAGUUUGUCGAGUUUUUCGAGCGAAAACACUCAGAAUGGGAACAGCAAACACGCUAUUGCUUCCGAUGUUGUUAGGAAGCGGCUGGAAAGCAAAACCCGGUACUUUCACCAGAGCAAAGUAAUACCCAAAGCCGAACAGAUAAAUAGAUUUGCUGAAGUAGCGGGCUACUUUUUCUUUCCUUUGAUAUACGGCUACAACCAAAACGUGCUUUUGACUCAACCAAUCACGAAAAACUCCGAUGAUUAUCUGCUGCUGGUACAUUUCGUCGAAACAUUGGCCAUCAUCAUGUUCUGCGCCCAAAACUGCAACAUCAGCAUCCGAAUGGCCAAAGAGGCGCUCCAGUUCUCGUGGUUCCUGCGCUUUCAUAAAGACGUGAAGGUGCGAAUGGCCGUAUUUAAUCUCAUCGGGGCGAUACUUUUAACCGUUCCACAAGCCCUUCUUAUACAGAACUUCGUUAGUGAGCUGUUAGAGCUGCAUUUGUGGCUGGUCGAGUUACUCAAUCCAAACGUAAACCGAGGCGAACCGAAUGAUGAAUGCAGGCGUUUAAUUUCUAGCACUGUUUUCCUGCUUCAAAAUGUCUUAAAAGUCGAUCUGGAGGAAGCAGAUGAAUGCUCAUAGUUUUGUUUGUGUAAUUUAUUGUUCUUUAUUAAAGUCCUGCUUUUGAGGUUUGAAUUAUU